AUGUUAAAUUACUGCGCACGAGUAUUUAUUGUCUUAAUAAUAAUAAUUACACUAUAUUUUUUUUUUUAUUAGUUUCAUAAUAAUAUUUAAAUUUGUAAAAUUAAUUUUAUAAUAAUAUUUAAAGAUUUGUUUAUGAUAAAAUAAAUGGGAAAUAUUGUGUUAGUGAGUCAUUGAAUUACCUGUGAUUGGUUGGCUUAAGGAAAACAGGUGAAAAGAGGCAUAAAAAGUCAGAUAAAGCUAUGAUACCAUUCAGAAGGCAUCGAGCCAGAAUCAACGAUUGACUUGAGCUCUUACAUUCACUUAACUUUCUCCUUUAAAAAUUAAAAAAUAUAAAAUAGUUUUCUUUGUAUUGUUAUUAUUACAUCAAGACAACUAAAAAUUCAUCAUGUGUGGAAUUUUUGCAUAUUUGAAUUACCUGACGCCAAAAACAAGAAAAGAAAUUCUUACAUUACUUGUUGGAGGUUUAAAAAGAUUGGAAUAUCGUGGCUAUGAUUCUGCUGGUGUUGCAUUGGAUUCAGCAGAUAGUCAAGAAAUUUUAAUUGUACGAAAUCAAGGAAAAGUUGUUGCACUUGAAGAAAAAAUAUUUAACAGUACGGAUCUUGAUUUUGAUCAAUCAACAGAGAGUCAUGUUGGCAUUGCUCAUACUCGUUGGGCAACUCAUGGUGUACCAUCUGAAGUUAAUUCUCAUCCUCAAAGAUCUGAUAUUGAUCAGGGUUUUGUGGUUGUUCACAAUGGUAUUGUCACAAAUUACAAGGAAGUCAAGACAUUAUUACAACAAAGAGGAUAUGUAUUUGAAAGUGAAACAGACACAGAAGUUAUUGCUAAACUUGUUCAUCAUCUUUGGACUCAACAUCCAACAUAUUCAUUCCGAGAAUUGGUUGAACAAGUCAUUCAACAAUUGGAAGGUGCAUUUGCAUUGUGCUUCAAGAGUAAAUAUUUUCCUGGUGAAUGUGUUGCAACAAGAAGAGGCUCACCUUUGCUUGUUGGUAUUAAAACAAAAACUCGUCUGAUAACUGAUCACGUACCCAUUCUCUAUGGAAAAGAUGAUCUUCCACGCGUGACUAAAGAGGGCGAAGCAACAACUCAAGGUGAUCACAGACCUUAUGGACGUGCUACAGAGGUUCCUUUGAUAUCACGAGCUGAUACAUCAACUGAAUUUCAAUCAAUGGUUGCCAAAGAAGUUGAAUAUUUUUUUGCAUCUGAUGCAAGUGCUGUUAUUGAACAUACAAAUCGUGUUAUAUAUAUUGAGGAUGAUGAUGUUGCUGCAGUCAAAGAUGGUACUUUAAAUAUUCAUCGUUUACGUAGAUGUAUGGAUGAUCCACAUGCACGUGAAAUAACAACAUUAAAAGUUGAAAUACAACAAAUAAUGAAAGGAAAUUACGAAUAUUUUAUGCAAAAAGAAAUAUUUGAACAACCAGAAUCAGUUGUUAAUACAAUGCGUGGUCGUUUAAAUUUUCAAAAUAAUACAGUUACACUUGGUGGUAUAACUGAUUAUAUACCAGAUAUUAAAAGAUGUCGUCGUUUAAUGUUAAUUGGUUGUGGUACAAGUUAUCAUUCAGCAGUUGCAACAAGACAAUUACUUGAAGAAUUAACUGAGCUACCAGUUAUGGUUGAACUUGCAUCUGAUUUUCUUGAUAGACAUACACCAGUAUUUCGUGAUGAUGUAUGUUUUUUUAUAUCACAAUCUGGUGAAACAGCUGAUACACUUAUGGCAUUGAGAUAUUGUAAAGGACGUGGUGCAUUAAUUGUUGGUAUAACAAAUACUGUUGGUAGUAGUAUAUGUCGUGAAUCACAUUGUGGUGUACAUAUUAAUGCUGGUCCUGAAAUUGGUGUUGCUAGUACAAAAGCAUAUACAUCACAAUUUAUAUCACUUGUUAUGUUUGCACUUGUUAUGAGUGAAGAUAGAUUAUCAUUACGUCAAAGAAGAAAAGAUAUUAUUGAAGGUUUAAAAAAUUUGGAUAAUCAAAUACGUGAAGUAUUAAAACUUGAUAAUAAAGUAAAAGAUUUAGCAAAAUCAUUGUAUGAAUUUAAAUCACUUUUAAUAAUGGCAAGAGGAUAUAAUUUUGCAACAUGUAUGGAAGGAGCAUUAAAAGUUAAAGAAUUAACAUAUAUGCAUAGUGAAGGUAUUAUGGCAGGUGAAUUAAAACAUGGACCACUUGCUCUUGUUGAUGAUUCAAUGCCAAUUAUUAUGAUUGUCAUGAGAGAUCCAGUUUAUGCUAAAUGUAUGAAUGCAUUACAACAAGUUACUGCUCGUGAUGGUAAACCAAUUGUCAUUUGUGAAGAUGGUGAUACAGAAACAAAAUCACUUGCUGCACGUGCACUUGAAGUACCAAAAACAGUUGAUUGUCUUCAAGGUAUUCUUACAGUCAUUCCAAUGCAACUUUUAUCAUUCCAUAUUGCUGUAUUACGUGGAUGCAAUGUUGAUUGUCCAAGAAAUCUUGCAAAAUCAGUUACAGUCGAAUAAAUUGUUUAAAAAAAAAAAAUUAAUUAAAUAUUUUGUUUUGUCUAUUAGAAAAUAUUUACUUUUAAAUAAUAAUAAUAAUAAUAAUUGAUAUUUUAUGUUGACAUCUGAUUUACACAAUGUGCCACAAUUAUUUUCUGAAAAAAAAAAUAUUCAUCAUGAAAAUAACAUUGACAAGAUGUUUUAAUAUUUUAAUAUUCAUUUAUUCUGAAUUCCACUCAAUUUUUAUCAUGUGAUUUUAUAAUUAUUGUAUAAUUAUAAGUUUUUUUUUUUUUCUUCUUUUCAAUUCCAUAAUACUUGUCAAUUUAUUCUUUACAAUGUUUCAAUGAGAAAUUAAAUUAUAGGCACAUUCUUCUCUGCAUUUAAAUCAAUUUGUUGAAUUGAAAAAAAAAACAUACAUUUUAUUUGUGAUCAUACUCGUUAACUAAUAUCAGAUGUAAUAAUAAAUAAUUUUUACUUAAUUUUACAAUUAGCUCAUAAUAAUAAUUAUUAAUAAAAAAAUAUUAUUAAAAAAAAAGGUAAAACUAUCGAAAUUUUUUACACAAAAUUAAGAAAAUAAAAAAAAAAAAAAAAAACGGAAUUAUAUUUUUUAUUUUGAAAUUUUAUAAAUGUAUAUUGACAAAUUAUUAAUAAUAAAUUCAAAAAAAAAUAAAUUUUCAAUUACGCAUUAAUUAAUUAUAAAAGGAUAAAAUAAAUGAAAUUUAUUUUAAUAAAAAAUUCUAUACAAGUGUUAUUUGAUAGAGAAAAAAAAAAUAUAUAUCAUCGUCAUUGUCAUUCUGGAGAGUGGAGAUCGAUGGGGGUAGAAGGAAGCAAUAUUAAAUAAAAGUACAGCCAAGUAGUACAGUAGUUUCAUCAGUCAGCCACAAGCGCAAGCGUAUUGGGGGUAAAUAGAGAGAGAAAGAGGGGCAAGAGAGGAGAAAAACAAAAACUAAAAAUAAAAAAACAAAUAAAUGUGUAAAGUUACAACACACCGGGCGGACUUUUGUUGCGCGCGCUUAUCCACUUCUUUUGUUUUGUCGAAUAUUGUUGACUAGACGCAGUGCAAAAUUGAAGUGGUUAAGUAAAGACAGUUAUUAUAAUAUUUUAACAAUUAAAAUUAGCAUCAGUGAUAUAAUUAUUUGUAUUUAUAAAAAAACAAAAAACAGUCAAUUAGUCAUAUCAAGAGAGCAAGACACAAAAAAUAUUUGUGUAUAAAUUCCAAGAAAUAAAAUAAACUCAUUUAUUAUUGUUGUUGUCGUAAUAUUGAUCGUGAAUAAAAAUUAAAAAAUAAAUGAUCUAACAAUUAAUACAAUUUAUUUAUAAUUUUCAUUUUUUUUUUUUUUUUGUUUUUUUUUUUUGCAAUAAAUAAUAAAAUGAUAAAAAUGUGUGUGGUAUUUUGAGUUUGCUCAUGGCUAUCAGUGUAAGAUCGAGGAAGCAGCAGCAGCAUCAUCAUCAACAUCAGCAUCUCGGUCGUUUUGCUUGAG